AUGCCGCUUGAUGACGCCCUGCUUGAUGCGUUGCAUGACGCGCGGCUUAACGCGCUGCUUGAUGACGCCCUGCUUGAUGCGUUGCAUGACGCGCGGCUUAACGCGCUGCUUGAUGACGCCCUGCUUGACGCGCCACUUGAGGCGCAGCUAGAUGUGCCGCUUGACGCGGCGCUUGACGGGCCGCUUGAUGCGCUGCUUGAUCUACUGCUUGACACGCUGCUUGACGACGCCCUGCUUGACGCGCAGAUUGACGCGCCGCUUGAUGUACUGCCUGACACGCCGCUUGAUGAUGCGCUGCUUGACGCGUUACUUGACGCGCCGCUUAAUGCUCCGCUUGACGCGCCGCGUGACGCGCCACUUGACGCGCUGCUUGAUCUACUGCUUGACGCGCAGAUUGACGCGCCGCUAGACGCGCCGCUUGAUGACGCGUUGCUUGACGCGCCGCUUAAUGCUCCGCUUGACGCGCCGCUUAAUGCUCCGCUUGAUGCUCCGCGUGACGCGCCACUUGACGCGCUGCUUGAUCUACUGCUUGACGCGCAGAUUGACGCGCCGCUAGACGCGCCGCUUGCUGUACUGCGUGACACGCCGCUAGAUGAUGCGCUGCUUGACGCGUUGCUUGACGCGCCGCUUAAUGCUCCGCUUGAUGCUCCGCGUGAUGCUCCGCGUGACGCGCCACUUGACGCGCUGCUUGACUUCAACUUAAUGUACCCAUAUCUACAAAUAAAUGUCUGA